AUGCGCAAAUGGAUCCAGAGGAGGGCUGUGCGGUGUAGGCUGUAGUCUACAUAAGAUCUGUGCCUGCGGGGCUUCUGCACUCACACCUCUCAGACACACUGAUUUUAUGAGGAAAACAUAAAUCCAGGAGUCUGACGGGUUACCUUGGGAUCAUCUCUCCAGCAAAGCCGCCCUCCACCUCCACCCUCCCUCCUCUUAGGACUGACCAUCUCGGACCACGGAUGCAGAGAGCAGCAACGAUGCGGCGGCUACGCUGUUAACUCGCUGGACACCCCCCCUACCUCCCUCCCUCUCUCUCGCUGUCUCUGUCUUGUUUUUGCCGGUGAAGGAGGCAGAAUAAAUCCAGGAUGAAGCUUAAACCGAACCAGACCAGGACAUACGAUGGCGAGGGCUUCAAGAAACGAGCAGCAUGUCUGUGCUUUAAGAAUGAACGUGAAGAAGAGGUUCUGCUGGUGAGCAGCAGUCGGCACCCGGACCAGUGGAUCGUCCCCGGAGGAGGGAUGGAGCCAGAGGAGGAGCCAUGCGGUGCCGCGGUGCGAGAGGUGUUUGAGGAGGCCGGUGUGAAGGGAAAGCUGGGACGCCUGCUCGGCGUAUUUGAGCAAAACCAAGAUCGGAAGCACAGAACAUACGUGUAUGUGUUGACUGUGACAGAAACCCUGGAGGCUUGGGAAGACUCUGUCAACAUAGGCCGUAAGCGGGAGUGGUUCACCGUGGAGGAGGCCAUCAAAGUGCUGCAGAGCCACAAACCCGUCCACGCCGAGUACCUGCGGAGGCUCCAGCUCAGCUGCUCCCCCACCAACGGAAACUCCAUCCUCCCGAGCCCACCACCGAACGACAACUACCCUCAUUACAGCGCUACCGCCACCACGCCCGCGACGGGGAGCGUGCUGGGCUCCUCCUGCAGAUAGGACUGCACUGAAACCUUUUGUCCUGUCCAGCUUGGACAGGUCACUGAAAGUCUGUACAGUCUUGCAUGAAUCUAAUGACUUUUUAGAGUUGCGGCUCUCUUGUAUGUAUAAUUUCUAGUCUUAGCUGCAGGACAGACCAAAGCCAUUGCCAGAACUGUGUUAAAGACUCACAUGACUGAGCAGGAGAAGCUGGUAAAGCUCACAUCUCUGACAGAAAAACAGUGGCUCGCUCAAGAACGCCUUUCUUUUACUGGCAAACACCAGACUGAUGAGCUGAGGUUUGGGAAGAGGAGGCUGCAGACUCUGCUGGUGUGAAUGACCUGGUGAAGGAAUGCCUUACAGAAACUUUGUAUGAAUGUUGUAUUUGGGUCGUUUUAUUUCACUAAUGGUCAUUUUUAUUUUGUUUUAGCACAAUGGAUAUGCUUUCUAGCCAGUACGAGGGUAAUUGGCCCCAAAGCACAUCCAUGUGAGGAAUGUUUCCAGACUGAAAAAUGUCUUUGUCAUCAACCCAUGAUGAUGAUAACAACCAAAUAUCCUAUUAUACUACAUGAAUCUAACUUUAAUAAAGAUACCUCCCAACAUCGCUUUUCAAAACUACAAACGGUGGCGUCAAAAUGAGAGUGACUAAAGUGGAAGUACGCAAGUAUUUUAAACAGUUUGUAUUAACCGACAAAAACAAGAGAACAAACUAAAAUGAAAGUUGCCCUGAUAAAAGCUGUCAGUGAGUUGCUACCUCGGUAAACUGAAAACUGGAUCUGAGUCGUGACGCUGUUCGGUGUCCUUUGACACAACACUGCUGUGUUUGUGGUUAAACUUCAGCCAAUUCCUCUGAAUAACAAGUCAACUAACCUUGACUGAUCCAACAAGCUGGUCUGCUGUCUGUUUAAAGUCACAUACCUUUCAUUGUUUCCCAUGUUGUCAAAGUGAAAGUAUUUCAUGAUUCUAAGUACAUCCUUGAUCUGGGUGUUGUGUGCUGCCUUGAACGAUGGUUGAGGGUUAAACGAGUUUAUUUCAACUCCAUUAACAUAAGAGGAGAACUUCUUUUAAAACACUUUACCAUGAAGGGAAAUAAUGGUGAUUCACUGUUGUAUCUGGAAAGUAAAGCUCAGCAGUUUUAUUGUGUGUCAUGGUGCUGCAAGGCAAUUUGGUUAAAGUGACCAUGAAAUUAAUAUCCAUGUACAGUGUGAUGGUUUUUGUCCAUCGUCUGCAAGUAACCAAGACUACUCAUGUCUAGGCCUGCAACUAAUGAUUAUUUUCAUUUCUGAUCAGUUAGUUUUUUUGAUUAACCUAUUGAUGGUCAGAAAACACUUUCUGUUAAUCCAUUAAUUGUUUCAGCUUUGCUUGGAUCUCAUAAAGAUCUGAAGAGUCACUGAUAGUUUGCUUCAUGAACUCUAUUAGGAAAAACUAUCAGCUUUUAGUGGUUCAAAAAGUAAUGCAGCUUAAAUUUAAAUCUUAUACUUUUUUGGGUUACCGGGUAAGCAAACUAAGUUUUGGGAGCAUUAUGUUGUCUAAGACAUCUAGAACUAUCAAUCUUCAGUUCAAAUCCAGUGGGUUUCUUUGCCCCUUGCAAAAUAUUUAAAUAAUAAAAAACAUAUAACUGAAAAAGAAAUAUAAGGACAAAAAACCCAAAGAACAAUGACUCACAUCAGCAGAUAAAAUCUCACUUUUCAGAUCAGUACUUUUUUCCUUACUCAUCCACCCACUCACUCCUGUGUUGACAGCUGAAUGAUGACUAGUAACCAUACAGAGAUUUGUAAAUAGCUUUGAGGAGAAACAUUGAAAUCGUGUUUUUAAACUGAAUGAACCUGUAAAAAAAAUUCUCUUAAUAUUUUAUAUAUUUUUUAACAAUGUACAAAUGGCAGAAAAAAAAAGACGAGUAGAAAAACCUCACUGAGUAUGUACAGUACAGGAUGUUUGUAUCAACAACAAUGUGCCACAGGUUUUAGGAUAUGAAGGUCUGUUGGUUUGUGUUUUAGUAUGAAAGAGGAAUCAUUUUUAAAAUGUGAUCUGGUGAAUUCAGAAUGAGAUGUACGAAGACAGCACAACAUGACGUUGACAAAAAAUGAUGUACUGGAUCCUCAAAAAGGUGUUGUGUAAAGACCUUAAUGCAUUUUCUUUUUUACAAAAUAUAUAUAGCGUAAUGCUAAUUAGCUUGUGUUUGUUAUGGACAAGCAAGAACACAAGUCCGAAUAUUAAUGAGUAGAGAUAUAAUGAAAUUGGUGGGGUGGUUUUUUUUAGUAAAUAUUGUGGUAAAAAAAAAACUGGAGUUUUAGAAAAUAAAGACAGGAUGGGGAUGAUCAGAACAAAAUUUUGGAAGCUUUGGUAAGAAAAUUAAAAAAAAAUACACUUAGACAAAUGUUUAUUCAGCCUGUUUUGCUGGAGUAAAAACAGAUCUCUCUUAGGUUUUCCCCUGUAGCACAGACUUGUGUCAUGCUUCAUAUGCUUAUGCCACCCCCAUGGUCGCUGCUCCAUCAUGAGCUCUUAGCUUCAGUAUCAUAAACUCUCAUAUGCCAAUUCAGCAGUUUUAAACUUUCAACCUCUUGUGACGGGUAAAAUAAGGACUCCAACCACCUUAAACCUCUUUGUGUGUGUAUGCGUAAGUACGUGUGUAUUGUGGGUUGAUGAACGUGAAAUACGAUGUGCCAAAUUUUUUAAUUUCUCGGUGUUCAGUUAAGAAAAAAAAUCCAUGUCAACAUUAUACAGACCUGAAGGUCAAUAGGUUCUUAAACAUUGUUUGAUUAAAUAUUUAAAAAAAAAAAACAUUAAUAUCAUCUCAGAAUUUAAUCAUGUGAAUAAGUGUGUGUUUUUAGAGACUGACUGUGUCUUCCAUUACUGAUAUUAUGACUAGGCACUUAUUCUUUAUCCCAUUUUGUUUUAACGUCCUCUUAAAAUACAAGUCUUUCAGACUACAGUACAAAUCAACAGAAAUUUAACCUAAACCCAUUAAUCUUGAUGUUUUGCUGCUUAAUGUCAUCUUGGUGCUCCAUGAAACACCUUCUAUCUCCACUUGUUGAAAUGCUGUUUGAUGCUUGGGCUUGGUGUUGAUCUGUGACUGCAUCCAGUUAUGGGUAAAACAUGAUAGUAAGGGAAAGAAUCCCACUGUAAAAAGGUAUGUGCUUAAAUACAAAAAUGUGAGACAGCCAAGGACACACAUGUCCACUGGAUCUGGACACCUUGAAUGUUUGCUGAACACAAUGUAAUGUCAUAAGGAUGUGUCUGGCACAUUUGAAUCCAAGCAAACUAAAGACUUGUCACCAUUUGUUCAUGAAUAUUAUGCACAGAAAAGUUUAAUGUGAAAGUGAUGUAAAGAACAGGACUGGAAAGAUUGUUUUUGGGAAAACGUUGCAUUAAAGGGGAAAAAUCUUCA